GUUGAGCGAGCGCGCUCACCUAGUCAUUUCGUAGGAGUACUCGCUCGCGGACGUGUUCUCGCACUCUCUUUCUCUCUUUCUUUCUAUCUAUCUAUCUAUCUAUCUAUCUAUCUAUCUAUCUAUCUAUCUAUCUAUCUAUUUAUCUAUCUUUCUUUCACUCUUUUUCUCUUUCUCUCUGAAUCUCUGUCUCUCUCUUCCUUCCUCUCUCUCUCUCUUUCUCUCUCUCUCUCUCUCUCUCUCUCUCUCUAUCUCUUUCUGGAGAUUCCAUUGAACGGAGGGAGAUAUAGAAAAGCGCGUGCGGAAUAGAGUGAAAAAAAGAAUUCUUUAACGAUAUCAAUCCCUCAACCCCCGCUCCCACAAACGACUUGAACAACACGGCAACAUGAAGGAUAUCCGCAGUCAGUUCGAGAGGAAUGGUUACAUCGUGCUGGAUGAUUUCUUCAAGCCAGAAGAAAUCGACGAAUUGAAAUUCUCCGGUGAAGAAUUUACGAAGAAUUUGCCAUCGGAAACGGAGAGGAAAAUUUUUAACACGAUAGACGCGCAACAAAGCAAGGAUCAAUAUUUUCUGGACAGUGCGCACAAAGUCUGUCCAUUCUUCGAAAGUGAAGCACUUGAGAACGAUGGCACUUUAAAAGUUCAUCCUAGAGUGUCUCUAAACAAAGUAGGUCAUGCAUUGCAUUGGUUGCAUCCGACCUUUAAAAAAUACACAUUUGAUGAACGAGUAAAAGAGGCUGCGUUCCAACUGGAUUACAUAGAGCCGGCAGUGUGCCAAUCUAUGUACAUUUAUAAAAAUCCUGGCGUUGGUUCGGAAGUAAUUAUGCAUCAGGAUGCAACGUACUUAUAUACAGAUCCAGUUAAAUUGGUGGGUUUUUGGAUAGCUUUAGAAGAUGCCACACAAGAGAACGGUUGUCUUUGGAUUGCUCCAGGUUCUCAUAAAAGUGGAGUUCAUAGGCGUUACAUUAGAAACAAGGAUCCAAAUUCUCAAGAACUUAUAAUAUAUGAUAAAGCGGCACCUUGUUAUCCACUUAGCAAUUUCCGUCCUGUUCCAGUGAGCAAAGGUAGUUGCAUACUUAUACAUGGACAAGUGGUACAUUUCUCUUAUCCCAACAAAAGCGAAAAAUCAAGACACGCUUAUACUUUUCACGUUAUCGAAACAAAACAUGUGACAUAUUCGAAGGACAAUUGGUUGCAACCACCUGCAAAUGGUUUUCCACGGUUGUAUAGAAAUUAAAUUAAGUGUAGAUGUAAAAAAAAAAAAAAAAAAAAAAAAAAAAAAAAAAAAUAAACAAAUAAAAAAAAAGAAGAAGAAGAAGAAAGAAAAUCAGUUCACAUUGUAAUUAAUAAUAAUGCGACACGGCUGUGCUCGUUUAUUUCACUGUUUGUAAUGCUAUACAAAACUUAAUGUUAACGUCUUCUCUUUCUAUUUUUUAUGCGAAAUCGUUAAUAAUUAAAAAUCAAAAUAUAUUCGUAUAUUUCUCUCUC